GGCUCGGCCCGGCCAUGGGCUGGCCCGUGCUGCUGGCCGCGGCCGCGCUCCUGGCCCCCGCCGCCGCCUGGGAGCCCUCGGCGGAAGAGGAGCAGCUGUUCAAGGCCUGGAUGGUGCAGAACCAGCGGCGCUACGGCCCGCAGGAGUACCCGCGCCGGCUGCGCAUCUUCCUGGGCAACAAGCGGCGCAUCGAGGAGCACAACGCGGGCAACCACAGCUUCCAGAUGGGCCUGAACCAGUUCUCGGAUCUGACCUUCGCGGAGUUUAAGAAGCUGUACCUGUGGAGCGAGCCCCAGAACUGCUCAGCCACCAAGGGGAACUUCCUGCGCAGCUCUGGGCCCUAUCCCGACUCCAUCGACUGGAGGAAGAAGGGGAAUUUUGUGACACCCGUGAAAAACCAGGGGGCCUGUGGGAGCUGCUGGACCUUUUCCACCACGGGCUGUUUGGAGUCUGCUAUUGCCAUUGCCACGGGAAAGCUGCUCUCUCUGGCAGAGCAGCAGCUGGUUGACUGCGCCCAGGCCUUCAACAACCACGGCUGCAGUGGGGGCCUGCCCAGCCAAGCCUUCGAGUACAUCCUGUACAACAAGGGGCUCAUGGGGGAGGACAGUUACCCCUACAGGGCCAAGAAUGGCACCUGCAAGUUCCAGCCAGAGAAGGCCAUUGCCUUUGUCAAGGACGUUAUCAAUAUCACACAGUACGAUGAGGAUGGCAUGGUGGAGGCCGUGGGGAGGCACAACCCCGUGAGCUUUGCCUUCGAGGUGACGAGUGACUUCAUGCACUACAGGAAAGGAGUGUAUUCCAACCCCCGCUGCGAGCACACCCCUGACAAGGUGAACCACGCCGUGCUGGCCGUGGGCUACGGAGAGGAGGACGGGACUCCUUACUGGAUCGUCAAGAACUCCUGGGGCCGGCUGUGGGGCAUGCAGGGGUAUUUCCUCAUUGAACGAGGCAAGAACAUGUGUGGUCUGGCUGCGUGUGCCUCCUACCCCGUUCCUCAGGUGUAGGAGCACGGCCUGGCUGGGGACAGGGCUGGAGUCACUGAUGGAGCUCCCGUGGCUGAGUGUGGAACGGGACAGGCAGCGCAGGGUGCCGCACCCACUGAGAGGUGUCACCUGCUGAGAGGUGUCACCUGCUGAGAGGUGUCACCCACUGAGAGGUGUCACCUGCAGAAAGGUGUCACCUGCAGGCAGGUUCCUUGCCUUGCACACAUCUCCUGCAGCAGCACGACCUGAGCCUGCUCUCUCCAGCCAAACCCUCCCACGCUCCUGUGCCUGCCAGGUUCCCUCCUCCACCUGUCCUGACCCGGGACACCCGGGGGGGCAGCAGGGAAACCACACAGGCACUGAUUUAGGGCACACAGAGUUCUCCCUGUCCUUCGAGUGGCUUUUUCUGCAAUCAUCAGGUGUAAAUUUUAGCGAUUUUUAAAUUUUCUUUGAAGGCAAUUUCCCUGUUCUUUAAAGGAAGGAUGAGUGAGUGCUGUGAUUUGUACACUUUUAUCAAUUUUCUGAAAUGCCUGCUAUUUUUUGUAUUAAAAAUCAGGGUAUUUUAAUGCAUAGAGAAGAAAGAGGUGAUUUUUCUUGUAACCCAUCAGCGAAGACGCGAGAACCUCGGUGCUGAUUCUGAACAGGCGCUGGGGAAAUGAAGCCGCGUGUUAGCAGGGGCACGUCUGUGUUGUUUCACGCUGAAAUCUGUCACUGACAAUAAAGCUGCCUCGCCACUGGA